AUGACUAUUGCUCUUCACGAAAUCCUUAAAAAACGCAUCAUUGAUGCAAUAAAAUCCGUUCAACCUCCCGGUGGUUGGAAAGUUGUAGUGGUAGAUGAAGCAUCAUUAAAGAUAAUAGAGUCUGCUUGUAAAAUGUUUGAUAUUCUUGAAGAGAAAGUGACUUCGGUAGAAAAUCUUGAAAAGUCCCGUCAAGCUUAUCAAUCACUUGAUGCGGUUUAUAUAAUUACCCCAACUUACGAGUCUAUUAGUAAAGUGAUUGAAGAUUUUAAAAGCAAUAAGACGCCAUUAUAUGCUCAUAUUCAUUUAUUUUUUGUAUCAAAUUCUGCAUUACCGAGGGAUUACUUGAUACAACGUAUCGAUCUCUUUAUUGACUUUCAUGCAAAGGAAGCUCAAGUUUAUUCAUUUGAAUCACCUUCAAGCUUUUUCAAGUUGUAUUCACCUGAAGAAAAUGCUGGAAUUGACGAUGAAUUAAGGAUACUUGCUAAAAAAUUACUUUCUGUAUGCAUAUCUUUAGGUGAAAAUCCUUUGAUCCGUUAUCAAAGAUCUCUUGAUUCCGAUCAUCCAACAAAGGCUUUACCUUAUAAAUUGGCAAUGUUGGUUCAAAAUGAAAUGGACAAUUUCGUUAGACUUAAUCCAGGUUUUCCUCCACAAGAUUCUUCUCGUCCACGUGGUGUACUAUUCAUUGUGGAUAGGACUAUUGAUAUGUAUAGUCCGAUAUUACAUGAAUUCACUUAUCAAGCAAUGGCUAAUGAUCUUUUGGCGAUUGAAGAUGGAAAGUAUAAUUAUAAUUAUACUGGUGAAGAUGGCACUCAAGCAACAAAAGAGGCUAUACUUGAUGAGUCGGAUAGCAUAUGGGUGGAAAUUAGACAUAAGCAUAUGAAGGAUUGUAUCGAUAAGCUUAUGAAAGAUUUUAAUGAGUUUUUGACAGAUAAUCAAGGAUUUGCCGAAAAAGAUAAGGCCGUCAACUUAAAUGAUAUGAAAAAAAUGUUGGCGACUUUACCACAAUUUCAAAAUAUGAAAGAAAAGUUUUCCGUACAUUUAAGUAUUGCACAAGAAUGUAUGGCUUUAUUUGAGAAGGAAAGCCUCGAUAAAUCUGCAACCAUAGAACAGAAUUGUGCUACGGGUCAUACAGCUGAUGGAGCUCAUCCAAAGACUUUAGUUGAAGAUAUGGUUCCAUUAUUAGAUAAUCCUGUUAUGAGUUCAUUGAAUAAGACCAGAAUGCUUAUGUUAUAUAUUAUGUAUAAGAAUGGAAUCCUUGAAGAAGAUAGACGCAAAUUGCUUGAGCAUGCAAGGAUUACAUUAGAAGAAAAUGAUGCCAUAAACAAUUUGUUAUUAUUCGGAGUCAAAUUGAUUAGGGUCAGAAUUAAGUUUAUGUUUAGGAUAGUUAUGUCAAACAAGAAAUAUCGACAAAAACCUGGUGAAGAAAUUCAAUACGAAAUUUCCCGUUAUAUUCCAAAAUUAAAACUUCUUUUGGAGAGUCAUAUUAAAGGCAAUAUAGAUCACACUGCAUAUCCAUACACAAAGGAUCCAACAGGUGAUCCUGAAGGAUUAAAAGGAACACAACAAGGACCUGUAUCGUUAAGAAGUGCGAGGGCUGGUUGGUAUAAGAAAGGUCAGGCGGUUGAAAAUCGCGUAGGUAGAAUAAUAGUUUUCGUUGCUGGUGGAGUUACAUAUUCUGAACUUCGUAGUUCUUAUGAAGUUAGUGCCAAAUUGAGUCGAGAUGUCGUUAUUGGAUCGACGCAUAUCAUUACACCUAACAAAUUUAUUGAUGAUUUAAAACUUCUUUAUCGACCUCCCACUAAAAAUUAUGUGAAGUCACCAAUGCAAGCAAUCUCAACACCACCACAAUUACCACCUCGUCCGGGUUCAACAACUAAUACACCACCACCAUUUAAUAGAUCAAACUCGCCAUCGGGUUAUUUUCCACAGCAAACUUCUUAUCAAACACCACAAGCUGGAUAUCCACAACAAGGAUUUCCACCACAAGUUGCUUAUCAACAAAACGCAUAUUCAUAUCCGCAACCACCACAAAGUGGAGGUUAUCAGCCACAAGGACAAUAUCCAUUACCACCAUUACCACCACCACAGCAACAAUAUGGUCAAGUUCAAAAACCAUCAUCUACUAGCUCAACAACUUCAUCCAAAUCUAAAAAACUUUUUGGUGGUUUUGAUAAAUUUUUGGGUUAA